AUGGAUCCCCCAAAUAGGACACUCUCUGAUAUAGUGAAGUCUUGGAUCCCUUGGCGGGCUGAGCCUCCACAUGUUUCGAGGGAUUUUUGGAUGCCCGAUGAGAGCUGCAGGGUGUGCUACGAGUGUGAUACGCAGUUCACCUUAUUCAACCGGAGGCACCAUUGUCGACUCUGUGGUAGAAUUUUCUGUUCCAGGUGUACUUUGAACUCCAUUCCUGCUGAACCAAAGCUUCCACAAGAGGAUCGGGAUAGGAUUAGGGUGUGCAACUACUGUUUCAAGCUAUGGGAACAUGGAUUGUCGAUGCCUGUUCAAAAUGGGGACCUGGUUCCUGACCUUGAUCAGAGCAAUCCUUCUCCAUCAGCUACCAGUUUCAUCACCACCUGUGACAGCAGUAGCAUGCAAUUUGUAUCAUUCACAAAGUCUGUUGGUCACAGCCCAUCCCUUGCAGGAGCGUCUCUUGAAAGAUUAACUAUUGCACCAGCAAUGAAUAAGGAUCUUGAUGUGGGUGUAGGACUCCAGAAUCUAUCCCAAGACCAGUUAAAUUUUUUCGCAUGCAGAAGUGAUGAUGAAGAUGCAGAAUUUGGAGCAUCUCACUUUAGUUCUAGAACAAGUAACUAUUCACAGGUUAAUGAAUACUUUAGUAGUAUUCAGUUUGAUGACAUUCCAAGUGACCUUAAUUCAUGUAAACCUCAUCCUGUUGGAGAUAAUGUCGAUUCAAGAACCAUGGAAAACUAUCCAACACAGAGUAGUUCUAAUUUCCAGGCUUCUGAAGAAGCCCAACAAGUUAUGGAGAAAGCUGCCGAACAUGAUGUUAGUGAUGAAUGUGAGGCACCUUCUUCUUUGUUUGUGACUGAAGAUGUGGAUCUUGAACCUGUGGAUUUUGAAAACAACGGAGUGCUUUGGCUUCCUCCUGAACCAGAAGACGAAGAAGAUGAAAGGGAAGCACUUUUAUUUGAGGAUGAUGACGACGUCGAAGCUGCUGCUGAUGAAGAGUGGGGAUACGCAAGCAACUCAAACAGUUUCGAAAGUGGGGAGAACAGAAACAAUGACAAAACAAAUGAGGAGCAGAAGAAAGUGGCGAACAGUGUAGUUGAUGGUCAUUUUCGGGCUUUAGUGGCUCAGCUCUUGCAGGUUGAGAAUAUUCCUUCAGGGGAUGAAAAUGACGAAGAGAGCUGGUUAGAAAUAAUCACAUCAUUAUCAUGGGAGGCUGCAACAUUAAUAAAGCCAGAUAUGAGCAAAAGUGGACAAAUGGACCCAGGAGGCUACGUCAAAGUAAAAUGUUUGGCUUCUGGGUGUCGAAGUGAGAGUAUGGUGGUCAAAGGAGUUGUCUGCAAGAAAAAUGUGGCUCAUCGCAGGAUGAUAUCAAAAAUUGAGAAACCUCGUAUAAUGAUCCUUGGAGGGGCUCUGGAAUACCAUCGGGUUUCUAAUGCUCUUUCAAGCUUCGAUACUCUAUUGCAACAGGAAAUGGAUCAUCUUAAGAUGGCUGUUGCAAAAAUAGAGGCACAUUAUCCCAACAUUCUUCUGGUGGAAAAAUCUGUUUCCCGACAUGCACAGGAAUAUCUUCUUGCAAAAAAUAUAUCACUCGUUUUGAAUAUAAAAAAUUCUCUAUUGGAGCGCAUAGCCCGGUGCACUGGGAGCAAGAUAGUUCCUUCAAUUGAUCAUUUGUCAUCCCCAAAAUUAGGAUAUUGUGACAGCUUCCAUGUUGAGAAGUUUGUGGAAGAGCAUGGUUCUGCUUGUCAGGCUGGGAAAAAACUGGUAAAGACAUUGAUGUACUUUGAAGGUUGUCCAAAACCACUAGGCUGCACGAUACUCCUACGCGGUGCCAAUGGUGAUGACUUGAAGAAAGUGAAGCAUGUUGUCCAGUAUGGAAUCUUUGCGGCUUAUCACCUGGCCUUGGAGACUUCUUUUCUAGCUGACGAAGGUGCCUCUUUACCAGAGAUUCCUGUCAAUGCUCCAAUCACUGUGACACUUCCAGAUAAGCCAUCAAAGAUUGAUAGGUCCAUCUCUACUAUACCUGGUUUUACGGUCCCAGAGAAUGAGAAAACUCCUGGGCAGCUAACCGUUGAUGAACCACAUAGGUCAGUCAGUGUGCCUAGUUCAGAACUCAUUAAACUGACAACUCCAUUCACUCCUGUAAAUGAGUAUGCAGAGACUUCUGACCUUUCUGCUCCUAUGAGCUCUGAAUACACUGAGCCGCCAUCAUUUUCUACAGAAGCCUUUCAGCACUCACUGAAUGACCACUCACAUUGGCAUGGAUCAGAAGAAACAGGCUAUGAAGAGUUCUUUUGGUCUCCGAAUGCAAAUCUUUUAGAUGCAGAGAGAUUAACUGCUACAGGAGAUUGCAGUGUCAGUUGUGAUUUUGAUUCAGAUGUCAAAAUCCUGCAAGGGGAUCCCUUUAUCAAUAAACAUACCAGGAGUAUUUCACUUCCACCAUCUUUUGAAGUUAAUGGAGGACAAAUUAUUGAGGAACAAUCUACACUAAAUGAAGACUUUCAACCUACUCCUUCUGACCAUCAGAGUAUCUUGGUUUCGUUAUCAUCACGUUGUGUGUGGAAGGGAACUGUGUGUGAAAGAUCCCAUCUUUUCCGAAUCAAAUACUACGGGAACUUUGACAAGCCUUUGGGUCGUUUCCUACGAGAUAAUUUGUUUGAUCAGAAUUAUAGCUGUCGCUCAUGUGAGAUGCCUGCAGAAGCUCAUGUUCAAUGCUAUACUCAUCGACAAGGUACCCUUACAAUCUCAGUAAAGAAACUGGCAGAAAUUCUCUUACCUGGUGAGAAGGAUGGAAAGAUUUGGAUGUGGCACCGCUGCCUGAAGUGUCCUAGAGCUAAUGGCUUCCCUCCUGCAACUCGAAGAGUUGUAAUGUCUGAUGCUGCCUGGGGACUUUCCUUUGGAAAGUUUUUGGAGCUUAGCUUUUCAAAUCAUGCUGCUGCUAGCAGAGUUGCAGGUUGCGGGCAUUCCUUACAUAGAGACUGUCUUCGGUUCUAUGGAUUUGGUAACAUGGUUGCUUGCUUUCGAUAUGCAUCAAUUGAUGUUCACUCGGUAUACCUGCCACCUUCAAAGCUUGAAUUCAGUUAUGAAAUUCAGGAGUGGAUGCAGAGAGAAGUGAAUGAGGUGGUUUAUUAUGCCGAGCUUUUGUUCUCCGAAGUGCUAAGUGCUCUGCAUCUUCUGGUAGAAAACAAAUCUUGCUCAAGUACGCUCGGUACUGGCAUCAGUGUUCCUCAAUCGGCUCAUCACUUGGCAGAUCUAGAAGUGACCUUGCAUGAAGAGAAGAUGGAAGUUGAGGAAUAUCUCCGGAAUAUGGUGAACAAGGAACCAAAGAAAGGACAACCAGCCAUUGAUAUUCUAGAGAUCAAUCGACUCCGCAGGCAACUUUUAUUUCGUUCUUAUGUGUGGGACCACCGCCUGAUAUAUGCAGAUAGUUUGGAUAACAAGGAACUACAAGGUGAUGUGGAGGUUGAAAAUACAGAAACUGUUCAGAAACCUGCUCUUACUGAAAAUAUUUUGGGGGUCCCUGUUAAGACAGACAAAUCAGUAGGUACGUCUGGUUCUGUAUCAGCUAAUUCAAAAACUGGGAAAGGCCACAAGCAUGGUCUAAGUGAUCAGCAAGGCAACCAUCAUGCUUUAGCACUCCAUCAAAGAACUACUUCAUUUUUUUCCAAUGAUCUUGCUGGAACAAAAACCACAGAUGGAUCUAAUGUUGUGGAAUCUGAUCGUAGUCUUCGUAGGUCCCUGUCUGACGGGCAAGUUCCCUUUAGUUUGACAGAGACUCUGGAUAGAGCAUGGACGGGCAGAAAUAAUCUAAAUUUUGAGAUCAAGAAGAACAAUAAUUUAUCUUAUGACGAUAAGUUUCCCAAUGUCGGACUUUCGGAAAAGCUGGAGCAAGAAGACCAUGGAGAGGAUCUGCCAUCCACUGCGUUUCCAAAAAAUCAGAGUAAUAUAGAGGAAACUGUAAGCUGGUUAGGCGUGCCAUUUAAGGGUUUUUAUAGAUCAUUGAUCUCAGGGACUUCUCAGAAACUGGAUACACUAAGUGAUUAUGAUCCUGUGUACAUAUCAUCAUUUCGGGAAUCCUCACUCCAAACUGGGGCCAGGUUGCUCUUGCCUGUUGGAGUUAAUGACAUUGUUGUUCCAGUGUAUGAUGACGAACCUACCAGUAUUAUAUCUUAUGUUCUGCUUUCUGGUGAUUAUGUCAAUCAACUAUCUGAUGAGAGAGAGAGACAGAGGGAUGUUGUCGAUUCUCUGCUUCCUAUGCCGUCCCUCGACUCUCUGAGUCUCCCCCAGUGUCACUCUUUCCAUGAAAUGAUGUUGGAGUCUUCAAAAAGUUUUGGACCUGGAGAUGAGACCUUUUUAUCAUUCACAACUUCUCGAAGUUCCUUGCCCUUACCCAUGGAUCCUCUCUUACACACGAAAGCAUUGCAUGCCAGGGUGUCUUUUGAGGUUGAUGGACCCCUUGGACAGGUAACAUACACCGUCACUUGUUAUUUUGCAAAGCGUUUUGAUGCCUUGAGGAGGAUGUGCUGUCCAUCUGAAGUUGAUUUCGUUAGAUCUCUUAGCCGUUGUAAAAAGUGGGGUGCUCAAGGUGGUAAGAGCAAGGUCUUCUUUGCAAAGACUUUGGAUGAUCGAUUCAUCAUUAAGCAAGUGACUAAGACAGAGCUGGAAUCAUUCACUAAAUUUGCACCUGGAUACUUUAAAUAUCUCUCUGAAUCAAUUGCCUCUGGAAGUCCAACUUGCCUCGCAAAGAUACUUGGAAUCUAUCAGGUUGGAUCCAGACAGCAGAAAGGAGGGAAGGAAUCGAAAAUGAAUUUUCUUGUUAUGGAGAACCUUCUUUAUGGGAGAAAUCUAUCACGACUUUAUGAUCUAAAAGGAUCCUCUAGGUCACGAUAUAAUCCAGAUACUUCUGGGAGCAACAAGGUUUUGUUGGAUCAGAAUUUGAUCGAAGCAAUGCCCACUUCUCCAAUUUUUGUCGGAAACAAAGCCAAGAGAAUAUUGGAACGAGCAGUCUGGAAUGAUACUGCUUUUCUUGCUUCUGUAGAUGUGAUGGAUUACUCACUACUAGUUGGGGUGGAUGAAGAGAAGAAUGAGCUUGUUCUUGGUAUCAUUGAUUUCAUGAGACAGUACACAUGGGACAAACACCUCGAGACUUGGGUGAAGGCAUCAGGCAUUCUCGGAGGCCCCAAAAACGCCUCACCAACCGUGAUAUCUCCGAAGCAAUACAAGAGGAGAUUCAGGAAAGCUAUGACUACCUACUUCUUGAUGGUCCCGGACCAAUGGUCAUCUCCUUCAUCCGUUCCUUCUAAGCCACACACUGACUUAUCCGAAGACAACCAUUCACAAACCAUGACCCCUGCUGGGUAAGGCCUCACUACAACAAACUACUCAACCCUCCAGUUUUGUGUUAGAAGCCAUGAUUGUUUGUUAGGAAAGAAGCAAAUAUAUAGCAAACCUGGGGAGUUCUUGAAAUCAAGGACUACAUAUUUGAAGAUCUCCUGAAAAAAGCAUUAGAGAAAUGGAACGGAACAAGAACUAUACAGUAGUACUCCAGAUUAUCAAAUUCCACACCACCACAUUACCAAAUGAAAACCAAAACAAAAGCACACCAUAUAAUGAAGUAUGUAA